GUUCAUCGUCGCUGCACCAUCCCAGCUCCCAACCCUAAAAUAGAUCGUUUGGCGAGCGAGCUCGCUAAGAAUAUAGCCGACGACCCUUUCUUUGACAACAUCCUGGAUAAGAAAAGGUUCCCCCUGAAAGAAGCGGGUACCGCGUUCAGUACUACCCGAGCUACGAUGGAAACAGCUAAAACACAAACGAACAAAGAAAUCUGCUGCGCGUCCGAGCGGGACUUGGAAAACCGUCUUUGCCUACUAUGGUACGAUUUAACUUUUUACUGCCUAUCAUCAUAUCCCACUUUUCCCACCAUGUUGGAAUACCCAGUCGUUCGAGACCUGAUCUUUCUCAGCCUUUUUUUUUUCAUCUACCAUUUCGAAUAUACAUGUAUACGCCUCAAUCUCUGCCUACUAUAG